AUGGCCUCAGCCCCCAAAGAAAUCGCCGUCGACAUGUCGCCGUUUUUCAGGCUGUUCAAGGACGGCAGCAUCGAACGCCUCAGCCCGCCGCAGUUCCAGCCUCCGUCCGACGACCCGACCUCCGCCGUCCGCUCAAAGGACGUCCAGAUCGACCCGGCCACCGGCCUCUCCGUCCGCAUCUUCGCACCUCGCCGCCUCCACGACCCGCCGCGGCGGCUCCCCGUCGUCGUCUACAUCCACGGAGGCGCCUUCUGCGUCGGAUCCGCUUUUGCGCCGGUCUUCCACGCCUUCGUCUCCGCCGUGGCCGAGCGGGCCGGCGCCGUCGCCGUCUCGAUCGACUACCGCCUGGCGCCGGAGACCCCUCUCCCGGCCGCGUUCGACGACUCCUGGGCGGCGUUCCGGUGGAUCGCGUCCCACGCGGGCGGCGUCGGCGGCCCGGACCCGUGGCUGAGCGAGCUUGCGGACUUCGGGCGCGUGUUCGUCGGCGGGGAGAGCGCCGGCGCGACCAUCGCGAGCGAUAUGGCGGUGAGAGCUGGAACGGAGCCGCUCUCCGGCGUGGGGAUCGCCGGCGUGUUCCUGAUCCACCCGUUCUUCGGGGGGAAGGAGGAGGACAGGCUGUACAGGUUCCUCUGCCCGGAGAGCAGCGGUCGGGACGAAGACCCGCGGCUGUACCCAGCGGUGGAUCCGAGGAUCGGGGGAAUGGCGGGGCGGCGCGUGAUAUUCUUCGUGGCGGAGAAGGAUUUCCUUAGGGACAGAGCGUGGGGUUACUACGAGGGGUUGAGGAAGAGCGCGUGGGCGGGUGAGGUUGAGAUAAUGGAGACAAAAGAAGAAGGGCACUGUUUUCACCUGUUUAAUUCGAGCAGUUACAAAGCUGUGGCAAUAAUGGAUCGGUUGGUUGCAUUUAUCACUAGUGCUUAG